GGGGCAGCUUUCCCCCUGCCAAAAACUCCAGCUCCCAUCAGCCAGUAGGUAGAGCUAACACGGUUCUAGCCUUUAGCUACCAUCGUCUAGUGACUUGCUUAACGAGUAAGAACAACAAGGACAUUCGUUGUAUUUUGCCGUAUAAGUCGGUAACAGCUCAUAUCUCAUUCAUUCAAUACUAGACUUCAUUGCUACUUGCAAGCAUGGGCGGAGAAGAACCGGAGCUCUACGAUGAGCGAAUCUGGCUCGACGGGUGUUGGGACUUCUUCCACCAUGGCCAUGCCGGCGCCAUGCUGCAGGCGCGGCAACUCGGCAGCGAGCUCUAUGUCGGCGUGCACUCGGACGAGGACAUCAUGGCUAACAAAGGCCCAACAGUCAUGAACCUAGAUGAACGUCUCGCCGCAGUAGAUGCUUGCCGCUGGGUCACGAAAUCCGUUCCCGACGCGCCAUACGUGACAGAGCUAUCCUUCAUUGGCAAAUAUCACUGUCGGUACGUUGUUCACGGCGACGACAUCACGUCAGACAGCAACGGCGAGGACUGCUACCGCUUUGUCAAAGAGGCCGGCCGUUUCAAGGUCGUCAAGCGGACUCCGAGCAUCUCUACAACAGAUCUCGUGGGUCGCAUGCUGCUGUGCACCAAGACGCACUUCAUCACGUCGUUGGAGAAGGUGAUCACGGGGCGAGAGGGUCCCGGUACUGAAGCGGAAAGAAAGGCAGAGGGAGAGGCCAUGCUGACGCGCAUACGUCAGUAUGCUACCGAUGAAGGGGGAAAGGAGCCCGGUCUCGAUGUCUUUUUCUGGACUGCCUCCGACGCUGCGAAGGCCGAGGAUACGAGAGAAGAGACGGGUGAUUUUAGCCCACUGCUCAAGGGUAAGGAACCAAAGCCGGGCCAGCGAGUUGUGUAUGUCGAUGGAGGAUUCGAUCUCUUCUCGAGCGGUCAUAUCGAGUUCCUACACCAGGUUGUUUUAGCCGAGGAAGAGCUAGCGCGACAAGAUGGAUGGUACGAUCAACAGGCCGUCGAUGAGCGUCGGGGGAAGGGCGCGGAUUAUGGCCCCGUGUUCGUAGUAGCUGGCGUGCACGAUGAUCGAGUCAUCAACCACUGGAAGGGAAUCAACUAUCCCAUUAUGAACAUCUACGAGCGAGGACUCUGCGUCCUUCAAUGCCGAUUUGUCAACGCAGUCAUAUUCGGCGCCCCAUUUACCCCUACCAAGUCAUAUCUCACGACACUACCCUGGGGUACGCCCGACGCUAUCUACCACGGCCCAACGGCCUUCAUACCACUAUCGUACGACCCGUACACGGCCCCCAAGAAAAUGGGUAUCUUCCGCGAGAUAUCGAGCCACAGAUUCCGAGACGUCAAUGCCGGGUCCAUAGUGCAACGCAUCUUGAAGAGCCGGGAUCUCUACGAGGAGCGACAGCGGAAGAAGGGCGUCAAGGCCGUCGGCGAGGCUGCGCAGAGACAGAGGGAGAUCCUCGAGGAGGAACAGCGUCGUAAGGAAGAGAAGAUGGGCUUACCGCGGUCAUAACAUAAUAAUAUAAGUAGAGAUUUUAUUCCUCUACGAUAAAGAAGGGGUUUUGGUGUGUUAGGAGACUUGAGCAGGUUUACUCACGCUUACUUCGCAUAGACUAAAAAAAAAAACACCUCGGGGUCGUCGUUCUCAUGUAUGCUGGUAAUGACACGCUAUUGAAGAUAGACAUUAGUUUAGAUGAAUUCUAUACACCAGCACUACUCGCCGGAGAUGUAAGUAGUACAUCCUUACCCACACAGCAAGGUCCAAGGAGUCUCGUCUACAGCCUUAUUCAUGAUCACCCUCAGCAGCAAUCAGCGUGCUUUCAGCUCCCAUGAUGUAUCAACAGAAAUCUGACGUGGGACAACCCCAGC